GCAACAUCUGGUUCAUCAGGGGCCUCACUGCUGUCUUCUGCCAGCACAGCUACUAUUUUUGCUGCCUUGUGGAAAGAAAUUAUUAGGCUGGUGAAAUUUUGCAAGCAGCUGUUGUCCAGCUUUCUUAAAGUUCAAAGUACAAAAGCUGGGUGCUUGCUGAAAAACAUAGAAACUAAAGACCAGGUUGAACAAAUGCAAUCAAGAUAUAGCAGAUUAUGUGCAAGAAUUCCGGGAGUUUUCAAAGAAGAUGAUGUCACGCUUAGAAGGACUUGGCAUUUUAAAGACAGAGCUUAAAAAUGACAUGGAUCAUUUGCUAACAAGAGUGGAAAGAGCUCAAAGGGAAAUUGACUACUUUGAAUCUGCAAAAGAGUCACCAAGUCCAUGUGUGGAAGUAGACGAAGAUCUACUGGAGCAACAAUUAGUGGAACAAGAAGAGUCGCAAAACAAAAUCAAGCUUAUGCUUAAUGCGAGUUGCAGCUUCAUGAUUGGAGGCAUCAAAUCCCUAAAGAUAGUGAAGAGAUCUGGAGACGUGCAUGGUUCAUGGUUGAAAGACCCAGGCAAGAAUCACCAAAAAAUUUAUUUCUUAACUGGAACAAAGAACAGAACUGUCAUGGAGUUUGCAAAUAUCCGGACUUUUACCGAAAGCAGCAAGAAACCAUCAGCUCGGAGAAUUACUUUGCCAUUUCCCUGGCAAGGAACAGGCCAUGCUAUAUAUAAUGGCUUUCUGUUUUAUCAUAGAUAUGGUUCCUUAAAUGAGAUAAUUAAAUUUGAUGUUCAGAAGAGAAAUGUGACAGACCAGAUGCUUCUGUCUGGUGCAGGAGAGACAUCUGCCUAUGAACUUAAUCCUUCUACAAAAAUAGACCUAGCUGUGGAUGAACUGGGAUUGUGGGCAAUCCAUGCAGAGCCAGGUAGCCACAAAAAAUUGGCCCUUACUAAAAUCAACCAUGAAACCAUGGCUGCAGAGUAUACUUGGGAUACAACCUGCAAAAGCCAGAAUGCAGAAGCAGCUUUCAUGAUGUGUGGUGCCUUGUAUGUAGUAUACAAUUCAGCAGGAGGAGGCACACCUCGUAUAGAGUGUAUUUACGAUACUUUAGAUACUAUCAGUCCUUAUGAAAUCCCAAUGAUUCAUUUUCCAAAACGCCAGACAAGUCAUUCCAUGGUACACUAUUAUCCCAGAGAAAAGCAACUCUUUGCCUGGGAUAACAGAUCCCAGGUAAUUUACAAGCUCCUGACAAAGCAAAAGAACUAAAACAAUAACUACACUCCCAAAUUAAAGACUCACUCUUCUCCUCUAUCUGCCUAUCCCAGUACUAGACUAGGUUGCAGAAUGUGGUUGUUUUUCUAUUUACAUUGCAUAUAUUUUAAAAUUGACUUUUACAGCCUAAUUAUACUUUUAAAAUAAAUGCCCCCUCCCAUCUAUCUCCAGUCAUCUGUGAACACUGCAGAACUCUUCUUCUUUGUAAAGAAAACUGGUCCUCUGAUGCCACAACCUGAACCUUUCUGCUUCAGGUGGGAGGCUGAGGAGAAGUUACCGAAUAGCAAGGUUAUUGUUGGUGUUCUUGUUGGGAAGUUUCAGAGCUUGAACAAGUGACUUUUUUGGACUACAACUCCCACUGGUCAUGCUAGCCCAGAAAGUAAGUUUUCCAACUUCCAGGAAGAAUAAAGAGGGGAGAAAGAUAAGGAGAUCAAACAACAAUGAUUGAGGAAAGUAUUGAACAUAUAUAUUUUCUGUCCUGGGUCCAAUGAGGAAAAUGGAGUAACAUAGGUGUUACCAUACAAAUAGCAACCACUUGUUUACUGUAGA